AUGACGACUUCACAUCAGUAUGUCCUGGUCACGGGCGCCAACAGUGGCCUGGGUCUGGGUAUCUGUUGCAGACUCAUCGAUGAAUUCCUCGACCGAGCGCAGCCUGACCAAAAAUUGACCAUCAUUUACACCACCAGGAGUAGUCGCAAAGCCUCCGAUACUCUUACAAUCCUCGAACGCCAUUUAGCAAAGCAUGGCAACCGUGCAGCUUCAAAUCGACAGGUCUUCUUUCAACCCGAGAACGUCGAUCUCGGCAAUCUUCUGUCUAUUCGUGCCCUCAGCCGGAAACUUGUCGCCUCAGACCUUCCUCACCUGAACUCGAUUGUCCUGAAUGCCGGUAUUGGGGGCUGGUCAGGCCUAGACUGGAUCACCCUCGUAUGGUUGAUCUUGACACAAAUAAGACAAGCGACAACAUGGCCUGUCUUCAAGCGUGGCAUCGUGGGCCUUGUCACCAAGCCACAAUUUCCGCAAGAUAAAUCGAUCAAUCAUGAAGAGCCGGUCCUUGGAGAAGUCUUCUGCGCCAAUGUCUUUGGUCACUACAUGCUGGUUCACUGGAUGAUGGCUUUGUUGCGCGCAACACCCUCCCACUCUCCUGGGAAGAUCAUCUGGACCUCGUCAAUCGAACCAGGCACAAACAACUACAACCCAGAGGACCAUCAAGGCUUGACGACUGAUGCAGCGUAUGAACAUUCAAAGCGUUUGACGGACAGCCUGGCAUUGACAGCGAAUGGACACCCAAGCACCGCCGCUUCAGUCAAAGAAUACACCACAGUGUCUGCAUCGACCCACGAGGUAAAAGGACGGCACGAACUGUGUGAACCAACCUUCCACCUUGGUCAUCCCGGAGUCUGUGUAACUUCGAUAGUGGAUCUCUACUUCUUCGUGACCCCUUUCUACUUCUUGGGCUUACACCUGGCAAGGAUGGCCGGAUCAGUAUGGGCGAAUGUGACGACUUAUAAAGGUGCCUUUGCUCUCUCAUGGCUAGCAUUAGCAACAACCACCGAGAUCGAGUCCAGGGCGCAUGAACUUACUGGUAGUGAUAAGGGUAUGGUCAAGUGGGGUUCUGCCACGGCAAGAUCUGGAAAAACUACCGUCAACCCAACCGAAGUUCAAGGAUGGGGUCUGAAUGGGUCUGGAACCCCUUUCACAGGGAAAUGGUGGGCCGGAAGCGUGGGACGAAAAUUUGGGGCAAAGGAUGCCACGAAAGAAGACGUCGAGAACUUUGUCUCUACGGGGGCAAUUGCUUGGAGCAAAAUGGAGGCAUUGAGAAAGGAGUGGGAGGCUCGGGUUGAAGCAUACGAAAUCAGGCAAGGCAAAGCAAGCAAUGGCAGUGUGUCGUGA